AUGCCUUCCGCCGCCCGAGACGGCCGGCCGGCCGCCGCUGCCCGCCGCCCGCCGCUGCCGCUGCUGCCUGGCGGCGGGGGGUGGCGGCCGGCGCUGCUGCUGCUGCUGUGCUGGUGCGCGGCGCCGGCGGGCGGGCAGCUGCGCUACGCCGUGCCGGAGGAGCUGGAGCACGGCGCCUUCGUGGCCAACCUGGCCGAGGACCUGGGGCUGGACGUGUCCCGCCUGUCCGCCCGCCGCUUCCGCAUCGCCGCCCGGGCAGGGGGCCGGCAGCACCUGGAGGUCAACCUGGAGAACGGGAUCCUCUUCGUCAACGAGAAGAUCGACCGCGAGGCGGUGUGCGAGGCGGGGGGCGACGGCGUCGGGGGGUCCCCCUGCCUGCUCCACCUGCAGCUGGUCAUCGAGGCGCCGCUGGAGCUGCACCGCGUGGAGGUGGAGGUGCUGGACGUGAACGACAACGCGCCGCGCUUCCCCUGGCCCGAGUACGUGCUGGAGGUGGCCGAGUCGGCGCUGCCGGGGGCCCGCUUCCCGCUGGAGAGCGCCCACGACCCGGACGUGGGCUCCAACGCGCUGCGCGCCUACCGCCUCAGCCCCAACGCCUUCUUCUCGCUGGAGGUGCAGAGCCGCAGCGACGGCAGCAAGUUCGCCGAGCUGGUGCUGGAGCGGGGCCUGGACCGCGAGCAGCAGCGCGGCCACCGCCUGCUGCUCACCGCCCUCGACGGCGGCGUCCCCGAGCGCUCGGGCACGGCCCGCGUGGUGGUCACCGUGCUGGACGCCAACGACAACGUGCCCGUCUUCGAGCGGCCCUCGUACAGCGUCAGCCUGCCCGAGGACGCGCCCAAAGGCGCGCUGGUGGUGCGGCUCAACGCCACCGACCCCGACGAGGGCGCCAACGGCGAGGUGGAGUACUCGUUCAGCGGCCACGCGCCGCCGCGGGUGCGGGAGCUCUUCGUGGUGGAGCCCCGCAGCGGGCAGGUGCGCCUCAAGGGCCAGCUGGACUACGAGCGCGCCAGCCUGCACGAGCUCUACGUCCAGGCCAAGGACCGCGGGCCCUCGGCCGUGGCCGUCCACUGCCGCGUGCUGGUGCACCUGCUGGACGUGAACGACAACGCGCCCGAGGUGAGCCUCACCUCCGUCUCCGCGCCCGUGCUGGAGGACGCGCCCGCCGGCACCGUCAUCGCCGUCAUCAGCGUCCUGGACCGCGACUCGGGCGACAACGGGCGGGUGAGCUGCGAGAUCCCCCCCGACGUGCCCUUCCGCCUCCAGCCCUCCUUCCACAACGACUACACCCUGGUGACCACCCAGGCGCUGGACCGGGAGGCGGUGGCCGAGUACAACCUCAGCGUCACGGCGCGGGACCGGGGCUCGCCGGCCCUGGCCACCCGGCGGACCCUGCGCGUCCAGGUCUCCGACGUGAACGACAACGCGCCCCGCUUCGCGCAGCCCUCCUACAGCGUCUACGUGCUGGAGAACAACGCGCCCGGCGCCUCCAUCUGCUCCGUCAGCGCCCUGGACCCCGACGCCCAGCAGAACGCCUACCUGUCCUACUCCCUGGCCGAGGGGCACAUCCAGGGCAUGCCCGUGGCCACCUACGUCUCCAUCAACUCCGACAGCGGCCACAUGUACGCGCUGCGCUCGCUGGACUACGAGCAGAUCCGCGACUUCCCGGUGCGGGUGGUGGCGCAGGACGCUGGCUUCCCGCCGCUCAGCAGCAACGUGACGGUGCACGUCUUCGUGCUGGACCAGAACGACAACGCGCCCGUCAUCCUGGCGCCGCUGCCGCGCAACGGCUCGCUGGCCGUCGAGGCGGUGCCCCGCUCGGCCGAGCCGGGCUACCUGGUGGGCAAGGUGUCGGCCGUGGACGCCGACGCCGGCCCCAACGCGCGCCUCUCCUACCAGGUGGCGCAGGCCAGCGAGGCCGGCCUCUUCAGCGUGGCCCUCUACACCGGCGAGAUCCGCACCGUGCGCGCCUUCGGGGAGAAGGACGCCCCGCGGCAGCGGCUGGUGGUCCAGGUGCGCGACGGCGGGCAGCCGCCGCUCUCCGCCUCCGUGUCGCUGCUGCUCUCGCUGGUGGACGGCGCGCCCCAGGUGCUGCCCGGCUUCCGCGAGCUGCCGCUGGGGCCCGAGCCCCCCGCCGCCGCGCCCCUCACCCUCUACCUGAUCGUCUCGCUGGGCUCCGUCUCCUUCACCUUCCUGGUGGCCAUCCUCGUCCUGACGGCCCUCAAGUGCCACAAGGACCGCCUCACCCUGCGCGGCUACGGCUGCUCCCUCCCCGCCGCCGCCGCCGCCGCCUGCCGGGGCUGCUGCUGCUGCUCCUGCUCCUGCUGCCGCCGCCCCCCCGCCCCCCGCGCGCCCGCCCCCUCGGACCUCUUCAAGAACCCCAACAACGCCGCCCCCCCGCAGGGCGCCGGCGACGGGGCGGCCCUGGCCGGCCCCCCGGGCUACUGCUACAAAGUCUGCCUCACCCCGGAGUCGGCCAAGAGCGACUUCAUGUUCCUGAAGCCCUACGGCCCGGACCCGCCCCGCAACAACGAGAAGGGCCCCGACAAGGGGGGCCCGGCCCGAGGGGGCAAGAACGCUCUGCACACCUCCAGCCAGGCAAAACAGCCCAACACAGACCGGCUGCCAUCGAAGACUCAGCUAGCCCUGAAAAGCUCGCGAAGCCUGGAAGAUAUCGGGGGAGUCCGGCGAGGAGUCCAGAAAGAACACGACAGGCUGCGCACUUUGGUCACUCCGGUGGCUGAGCUCCAGAAGACAUCUGGCCCCCCCAACAGCAUCUGGACCCCUCCCUAUGCCCCCCUAUACACGCAGCACGCCUCACCCCUGGAUUAUCAACAUAAUGUGUAUAUUCCAGGGACCCCAACCAUGCCUGCCACCAAGGAUGAACCUCCUUUUCUGGAUCAGGAGGCCAAGAACAGCUUCUCCACUUUCGGGAAGAGGAAGAAAAUGACCACCUAUUGCGAUAUACACGACAACAAAGUUAUUAACAAUAACCUAAAAUAAUGCUUGCUUUUGACCAGUAGGGGGCGAGGAGGCCACCCAGAGGCUGCCCAUGGUCCUG